AUGGCGCCUUCUUUCGACCAUCUGCGCGAGGCAGAUCUCGACGACGACGAGUACGAUGAGGAGGAGAUCGACAUCUCCGACCUGCGCGAGAAGUACGAGGUUCAGCUGGAGCAGGGAUACGACACCUUCGUGGUCAUCGAUGGCCUUCCCGAAGUCAAUGAGGACCAGAAGCCCAAGCUGGUCAAGUUCUUGCUGAAGAAGCUGAACUCUGUUGGAAAGACGAGAGAGGAUCUGAUUUACAUGCCCAUGGGCGACAAUGGAAAGUCGCUGAGAUUUGCCUUUGUCGAGUACUCCUCCCCCAGUGAAGCCGCCGCUGCCGUUCGUGGACUCGACCAGGUCCCUCUCGACAAGAAGCACACCCUCCGCGUCAACAAGCUCACCGAUGUCGACCGCUACGGCCGCGAAGGCAAGGUCCACGAGGAGUACACCCCGCCUCACAUUGAGGAGUUCACCGAGACCGAGCACCUGAGAUCAUUCAUGAAGGACCCUAGCGGACGUGGAAGAGACCAGUUCGCCAUGUACCGCGGCGACACCGUUGGCGUCUUCUGGAACAACGAGAAGGACGUCCCCGAGAACGUUGUUGACCGUCAAAACUGGACAGACAGCUUCAUCCGCUGGUCACCACAGGGAACCUACCUCACCUCGGUCCACGCCCAGGGUGUUCAGACUUGGGGUGGCCCGUCAUGGUCAAGGCAGAAGCGUUUCCCUCACCCCUUUGUCACCUUUGUCGACUGGUCUCCUUCCGAGAAGUACCUGGUGACAUGGUCUGCUCGCCCCAUCUCCAUCCCCGACGAGGGCCACCCAGCCUUGUCUGUCGAUGAUGAUGGCAAGAACUACGUUAUCUGGAGUGUCGAGUCUGGCAAGCCCAUUCGUUCCUUCGCCAACCUGGAUAUGGAGGGUAUGGACGAGGCGAAGCAGCGCAAGCUGCUCUGGCCCGCUUUCAAGUGGUCCGCCGAUGACAAGUACGUCGCGCGUCUCAACUACCAGACCGGUAUCUCCGUCUACGAGCUCCCCCGCAUGAACCUCCUCGACAAGACUUCCAUCAAGAUCGAGGGUAUCAUGGAGUUCGACUGGGCCCCGGCUAGCGUCCAAAGAGAUGGUAUCAAGACAUAUGAGCAGCUUCUUACCUACUGGACACCCGAAAUUGGCAGCAACCCCGCCAAGGUUGGUCUUAUGAGCAUCCCCAGCAAGGAGGUUGUCCGUCAACUGCCCCUCUUCAGCGUCUCUGACGCCAAGCUCCACUGGCAAUCCGAUGCCUCAUACCUCUGCGUCAAGGUCGAUCGUCACUCCAAGUCCAAGAAGUCCCAGGCCACCACUCUCGAGAUCUUCCGCAUCAAGGAGAAGGGCGUUCCCGUCGAGGUUGUCGACACCAUCAAGGACACAGUCAUUAACUUUGCCUGGGAGCCCAAGGGUGACAGAUUCGUCAUCAUCACGACAACGGAGCCCGUCGGCGCUGUCGCCGUCGCCCCCAAGACCUCCGUCUCCUUCUUCUGCCCCGAGAAGGCCAAGGGCAACGUCGUUGGUAACUUCAAGCACCUCCGCACCCUGGAGAAGAAGAACAGCAACGCCAUCUACUGGUCCCCCCGCGGUAGAUUCGUCGUGAUCGCCACCGUCCACAACCAGCAGAGCUCCGACCUUGACUUCUUCGACCUCGACUUUGAGGGUGAGAAGCCCGAGUCAGACAAGGACCUGACCGCCAACCUCCAGCUCAUGAACACCGGCGACCACUACGGUGUCACCGACAUUGAGUGGGACCCCUCAGGACGUUUCGUCGCCACCUGGGCCUCCGCCUGGAAGCACUCUAUGGAAAACGGAUACCACAUCUACGACUUCAAGGGUGAGGCUCUCCGCGAGGAGCCCGUCGAGAAGUUCAAGCAGCUCGCGUGGCGCCCUCGCCCCCCGACGCUGCUCACCAAGGAGGAGCAGAAGCAGAUCCGCAAGAACCUGCGCGAGUACAGUCGCGUCUUCGAGCAGGAGGAUAUGGACCGUGGUGCCUCUGCCGACCGCGAGGUCGUCGAGGCCCGCCGUCGCCAGCUCGCCGAGUGGGUCGCCUGGCGCGAGUCCAUCGAGGAGGAGGUCGCCGAGGAGCGCAAGGACCUCGGCCUGCCCUUGGACAUUGUCGCCUACCUCCUCUCCCAGAAGACGCAGGCCAGCGAGGGCGAGGAGCAGAUCAUUGAGGAGAUUGUGGAGGAGGUUCUCGAGGAGACGGAGGAGAUUGUCAACUAA